CCCAAUCCCGCUCCAGACAUCCCGUCCCGUCUGCAGCAGCAGUUUGCCUCAGCACCUUGCCUGUCCGCUAUGCCCUCCGACGCUCCUCUCGCACGAAACUACUGCAGCAAUACAGAAGUGAAGGAACACUGACAGCACAACUCGGGGUGUACCUGGAUUGUUGUCACUUUUGCACGACGUCCAAAUCUAAAGGAUUUUUGACGUAUACUUUUCGCGGUCGUGCCGACUUCUCCUAAAGCGACUUGUAUGGAUGUAUCAUGGCUACGUUUUCAUGCAGGGUGCAGUUCUUAGAUGAUACCGAUCCAUUCAACAGCACCAAUUUCCCCGAGCCGACCAGACCCCCGCAUUUCACAUUCAGAGAGGAUAUACCGCUCAUCAAUCAGAUCGCCGGAGUUCACAGACUUCUCAAAGCCCCACACAAGCUCGAUGAUUGUGCCUUACAGCUGUCCCAUAAUGGCAGUUAUCUGGACUUGGAAUCCACCUUGGCCGAGCAGAGAGACGAGCUUGAAGGCUUUCAGCUGGAUGGAGGGAGGGGAAAGAAACACAGUAUUGUCCUGAGAACACAGCUGUCUGUCAGGGUUCAUGCCUGCAUAGAAAAGCUAUACGACUCAACCGGACGUGAUCUACGAAGAGCGCUGUUCUCUCUCAAGCAGAUCUUUCAAGAUGAUAAAGAUCUGGUGCAUGAGUUUGUGAUGGCUGAGGGACUCACCUGUCUUAUUAAAGUGGGAGCAGAAGCUGAUCAAAACUACCAGAACUACAUCCUCAGAGCUCUUGGACAGAUCAUGCUGUAUGUGGACGGGAUGAAUGGGCUCAUCCGGCACAAUGAAACCGUUGAAUGGCUUUACACAUUGGUCAGAUCAAAGUUCCGGCUGGUUGUUAAAACCGCUCUGAAGCUGUUGCUGGUUUUUGUGGAAUACACUGAGUCCAAUGCACCUCUCCUCAUCCAGGCCGUCAACACUGUGGACAAUAAGAAAGGCUCUAAGCCCUGGUUCAACGCCAUGGAAAUCCUGAGUGAGAAGGAUGGAAUGGACACUGAGCUGCUGGUCUAUGCCAUGACACUUAUCAACAAGACAUUGGCUGGUCUUCCUGACCAAGACUCGUUCUAUGAUGUGGUUGACAGUCUGGAGGAACAGGGGAUUGAAACCUUGGCCCAGAGACACAUCAACAGGAAGGGCGCAGACCUGGACCUGGUGGAGCAGUUCAACAUCUAUGAGGCAACUCUUCGUCAUGAGGAUGGCGAUGAUGAAGCUCAGCCUCCUUCAUCUGGACAUAAAAGCCGCCGUCGGGCUAGCGUGGGGGCUACGCCUGAAAGGCGGGGUUUAGAACGACGACGCAGCCGAAGACACUCGCUUCAAAAUGGGAAAGGCCACACGUCUGCUCCUACUUCCCCCUGCCAUAGCCACACCCCCAACAUCCUCCCCUUUAAUGGCCAGAGGAUAGAGAAUAUUAGUGAAAGAGAGGAGGAAGAGGAGGAGGAUGAGGAACUGCAGAAAACAGAGCUCUCUAGACAGGCAUCUGAAAGCUGGAUGGCAUCAACCGUAGAGGAAGCUUCUAGCUUGUGUUUGCCUUUUAAAUGCAUGGUAAACUUCAUUCCAAACACUGCUGACACAGACAGUGGGGAAAACCUCAGGGGCAAGUCUGGGAUCCGGGUUAUCCGCAAGGCCCCAGUGUCCUCCCCUCCCCUGACCCCUGAUUUCGGCCCCCUGAUAUCAGCCAGAUUGUCUUCUUGGGCCUCUGUCAGGUCCUUAGGGGCCAUCCCAUCCCAGGGUUCCUCUGUCACCUCCUCAGCCUCCACCUCCCCCAGCGAGGACCCCUUAUCUCCUGUCCUCCCUCUUUCUUCUUCCCCUCUCUCUACUUGCCCGGUGGAUUCGGAUGAGGUACCUUCAGGCACCCCGUGGGGCCAGAUGGGCCAAGACCCAGACAAGCACUGCAGUCUGUCAGAUGAUAGAUUUUCAAACACAUCAUGCAGCUCUUUUGGCAGCAAUGGCUAUGCUGGUACAUAUCCUGGCAGGUCAGCUGGUGUGUCUAAUGCCCCCUCAACACCCUACAACCGCUUCGGCCUCACAGGAGGUCCACCUGCAGACAGUAAAGCUGACAGGCCGUCACUUGGUGGUUUACUGACAUCCUCCUACAGGCAACACCAAGAGUCUCUGAAUGCAGAACGUGAGCGCAGGCGCCUGGAGAGAGAGGAGAGACUUCAGAGGAUUGAAAGAGAGGAAAGAAACCGUUUCAACCGGGAUUAUGUGGAUAAGAGAGAAGACAUCAGACAAGCUCGAGAAGAAAGAUACAAGCAGUUGGGACGUGUGUCAGCAGAUGAGAACGAAAGAGAACGAGCGAGGUCAACACCACGAGGGCGAACAGAAAUCACCCUGAGCUUGAGUUCCCGAACCUCCAGCAGCUCACUGCCCCGUUCUGCCGCUCCUCUGACUGUAGAGUCUCGUGAGGAUACAUGCUCCGUCCCACAUCCAACACAAGGAGCUGAAUCAGAGUCAAGCCGGUCCGUGCAGACGGCAGUUACAUUGACUGCCUCAGAGCCUCCCUCUGCCUCCACGCCUGCGUCUGCGGAGCCAGAGGAGGAACAGAGCCCGCUGGAACUUGAGAACAUCACGCUCUCUCUGUCUCAGACAAGCACAGAGGCAGAGAGAUGUGAGAAAGAGGAGACGACAGAGGGAGCCGAGGAACAUGAAAUGAUGAAAGUGCAGGAGGAGGAGAAGAAAGAUGAAGAACCGGAAGAGGACUGUGAGGAUGAGGCUAGCAGUACAGGUGCCGAGGAGUGUGAGAGACGACAGAUGUUGGAGGACAACGCUAUACUGAGCGAGAAAGAGCGGCAGAAUGAGGAACUGAAUGAGAAAGAUAACUGUUCUGCCUCCAGCAUCUCUUCAGCGAGCAGCACACUGGAGAGAGAAGAACGGGAGGAGAAACUUGGCAACGAUUCAGGCCAGUGGACGGACUGUGUGAACACAGCGGACGUCACUGAUGAGUGCAGCAAAGAUCUCAACAACAAAUGUUUCAUGUUGGACAUGCUCUACUCGCAAAGUAAGAAACCAGCAGAGGAAGAGGAGAUAGAACAGGAGAAUGAGAAAGAGCAUUCAGGUCAGGACUCUUCUGUCAGCAGCCUCGCUAUCCGCAUUUCCACGCUGGAGGCGCGUCGUCAGGCGUGCGAGGAGAACGUCAAGAAGAUGGAAAAGGAACAUCUGGAUAACCAGGGUAGCGUGCGAGCUGUAGCCGAGAAAUUUGGAGAUUUGGUAAAAGGACUUGUGUUGUCUCACGAGAUGGAGCAUCUUGGGAAGGAAAAACAGCAAAUGCAAGAAAAAUCUCCACCUGCUCCUUCACCAACGCCACCCAAAAAAGAAUCCGACCACAUAUGGGACCAGCUGAUGGCCUCGCCGCGGGAGCUUCGCAUCAAAGAGUUGGACUUCACGGACUUGGGGGAGGAGGAUGAUGAGGACAUUUUGGAAGUUGGUACUGUGAUUGGGUCGGGUGACCUCACGGCGCCUCCUCCCCCACCUCCUUGCUUGUCCAACCUUCCUCCACCACCGCCUUUGUUCGGAUGCCCCCCACCUCCACCCAUCCCUGGCAUGAUGAUGCCCCCUCCGCCACCCUUUUUGGCUUCGAUGCCUUCCGCACAUCUCGGAUCUCCUCAGCUUUGUCGAGGAGAACCCCCACUCUUCCAGAAGAAGAAGAAGACCAUCCGGCUGUUUUGGAAUGAGGUGAGACCUAUAGACUGGCAAUACAACAACCAGAAGAGAUGCAGAGAUUCACUGUGGUCCAAACUGGAUCCUAUAAAGCUGGACACGGCCAAGCUGGAAAAUCUCUUUGAAACGAAAUCCAAGGAGCUGCCAGUUACAAAGAAAACAGCAGCAGAUGGGAAGCGUCAGGAGAUCAUUGUUCUGGACUCCAAAAGAAGUAACGCCAUCAACAUCGGCCUGACGGUCCUGCCUCCACCACGCACAAUAAAAACAGCCAUCCUGAACUUUGAUGAGUAUGCCCUGAGCAAAGAGGGCAUAGAGAAAAUCCUGACGAUGAUUCCCUCAGAAGAGGAAACACAGAAGAUUCAGGAGGCUCAGCUGGCAAACCCUGACACUCCACUGGGCAGCGCCGAGCAGUUCCUCCUCAUUCUCUCCUCUAUCAGUGAGCUGUCUGCACGCUUGCAGCUCUGGGCCUUUAAGAUGGACUAUGAUGCUUUAGAAAAGGAAGUGGCGGAGCCGCUACAGGACCUAAAAGAGGGCAUGGACCAAUUAGAGAAGAAUAAGACGCUGCGCUACAUCCUCUCAACUCUUCUGGCUAUCGGCAACUUUCUCAAUGGGACCAAUGCUAAAGGCUUUGAGCUGAGUUACCUUGAGAAAGUUCCAGAGGUGAAGGACACAGUUCACAAACAGUCUCUGCUCCAUCACGUCUGCUCCAUCGUGGUGGAGAAGUUUCCAGACAGCUCAGAUCUUUACUCUGAGAUUGGAGCCAUCACCCGCUCUGCUAAGGUUGAUUUUGACCAACUGCAGGAGAACCUGUGUCAGAUGGAGCGUCGCUGCAAAGCAUCCUGGGACCACCUGAAGGUGAUAUCCAAACAUGAAAUGAAAGCAGCCCUUAAGCAGCGCAUGUCUGACUUCCUUAAGGACUGUGCGGAGAGGAUCAUCAUUCUUAAAAUCGUCCAUCGGCGUAUUAUAAACAGGUUUCAUUCAUUCCUGCUAUUCCUGGGUCACCCGCCGUACGCUAUCAGAGACGUUAGCGUCCACCGCUUCAGUAAGAUUCUGAGCGAGUUUGCACUCGAGUACCGCACCACCAGAGAGCGCGUGCUGCAGCAGAAACAGAAAAGAGCAAGUCACCGCGAGAGGAACAAGACCCGCGGAAAAAUGAUCACAGAUAGUGGGAAGUUUGCAAGCACACCUUUAGAUGGCCAGGAGUCUCAGCCACAGGGUUUGGGCUACACGGAGGAUGUAGCUGAACAUGAGCAGAUGACUGCAGUACUUCGUACCAGCCUGCAAGGCGGCGACAGUGCCUCCUCUGUUCUCCCUGGUCUGCGCACACGAACCCGAGCCAGCCGAGGCCAUACAGCACUUUUGUCUGCUGCAAAUGAAGACGCUUCUAAUUGCGGAAAUGACACAGCGGAUGAGAUCAUGGAACGUAUUGUGAAAUCAGCCACUCAGGGCCCCAGUCAACGCUCGCAGCCCCGCGAGAGGAAACGCUCUCGAGCCAACCGUAAAUCCUUGAGAAGAACACUGAAGAACGGGCUCACGGCAGAAGAAGCACAGGCGCUGGGAUUGGCCAGCGGCUCUGAGAUGCAUGUGUGAGACAGACGGCAGCCGCUCAGGGUCUCAGCAAACACUCUCUCUUUCCACAUCACCUGGAUAAGGACACUUCAGAUUGUGUUUGCUUUGAUCUGGAUCUUGCAGCAGAUGCAUGUUUCUGGGUGUUUCAUGAUGGUUAUCGCUGUGGGCGAUUUAUUCUUACAAAUGAAAGGGAUUAUAAUCACUAGCCCAUCAUACUAUAUUUAACAUGGGACCUGUAGUCAACCCUUACCGCAUUACCUGGCUUCAUCUUCAUUUGCAUAAUGUCCCAAAUCUAAAGCCAGAUGCACACUGUGUGAUUUUGGCCAUGAUUGAUAAAGCAAAAUGAUCAUCUUGAUGAUGAAUCUAAGCCUCUGAGGACAAUCUGACAGUGUCUGAAAUCACACAGUGUACCCGGCUGAAUAGAAUCCUUAAUAUCACUCAGGUGCAACGUCCGCUGUUCCUACUUUUGAGUGUCGUGUACCUGUGGACUCUAAACGUGACAUCCCAAACAAUCCUUUUAAUGCAUUUCCGAAUGAGAACAAGCACAGUUGCUGCGCAACUUCCUGAUGCACAACGUUUGUAGAUGCUCAGACAAACACAGCCUGCAGAACACUGAUGUGUUGUCAUCCAGUACAGAGACAAACGGCUCUUAGGUCUCUAACCGCUGUGGCCUUCAGAAUGAACCCAAAGAACUGUUUUUGAAGACGACGGGAUCCUCACCUUCAAUUUUACUGGAUGUUUGCUCGGAUACAGAUGGCAUUGAUCAGUAGCACCUUCAAAAUUGAUAUCUAAUGUAAAUCAUGAGCAACUGUCCUCGGGUUUACUGCUGUGGUAAAACCGCAUUUUGUUUGUUUGAAAAGCAGGGCUUCUUGUAUUUUUCAUGUUCAGUUAGUUUCAAAUGUAGCCUGAGUUUGAGUUCAAAUCGUCACAGACCACAUACAGUUGUCGCAAAAUACGCAGAAUUUUUCUUGUUUCAACAAAACUCAUUUAACGUAGCUGUAGAUUCAUUGCACACAAAUGAGAGGGAAGUAGAAAGUCUAGUCUUUUUCCAUUUCUUACAACGUAGUCGUUUUCAUGUACGUUUUGUCUUAACAUUGGUGUCUCCUUGACUUUUAAGAUGCAAAAGUAGACAAUCGUCUAGCUAUGUUUGUUCAACGAAAGACAAUAUUUUUAACAUACGCGUGCCUUGAAGAAAUGUGUUUCUUUGAGAAUGUUCUUCAGGAUUUUCAACACGUCUGAUUUCUGAUAUUUCUGGAACAGGAGAGAGACACUCAGGUUGGUGUUUUAAAGGGAUAAUUCACCCCAAAAUAAAAAUUCUGUGAUCAUUGAUUCACCCAUGUUCAAAACUCUCUUCUGUGAAACACAAAAGAAGAUAUUUUGAGAAAUGGCUGUGUGGUUUUGUGUCCAUAUAAUGAAAGUCAAUGGGGGUCAGUGUUGUUUGGUUACCAACAUUCUUCAAAAUAUCUCCUUUUGUGUUCUGCAGAAGAAAGUCAAACAGGUUUGGAAUGACAAGACCCCAGAGAUCCGAUGUUUGUGAUAGUGGUACCUAUCUACCAUUCAGCACUUUAUCAUGUGUAGCAUGCAAUUUCGAAAGGAAUUGGAAUAUUGAGUAUUGUUAAGACUGUUGUUUUUUUUCCUGAGUAUUCUGUGGAUAAGAGAUUAGAUACGUGUAAAGUAGAGGCUAAACAUGACAGAUGCUGUAAAAUUGUGUAAAUGUCACUUAAACGUUUUUAAUUUUUGUGUUCGUGUUCAUGUUUUGUAUAGAAUAGUGUAUUAUAGGUCAAAAGCAGUGUUAUUCUGUGAAAAGUCUAAUUUAAGAGAAAGUAAGCCAUGCAUGGUUCGAAACUAUAACUAAAAUAUCAGCAGGCACCUCUUGUCUUUACGGGGAUACGCAAGUACCCUGUGAAUUUAGCUUUUGUUUGGUCAUGUUUCACGUGUUUACGCAGCACAGACUUGAAACAUUGUCAUGCACCCAUCCGCCCUUCGCAAAUGGCCUUUGAUGAUAAUAUUGCACUUGCGUUCAGAGUUUCACCCAACGUGUGCCAUAAAUGUUGGUAUUGAAUAGAAGAUCAUCUAGAAUGUGAACAUUUGUGUUUCAAAUUCCAAAAGGCAUUUACUGUACUUUGCAAUAAAAGCUUUUAAAG